CAGGCAGCCUGCAGACAGACAUCACCAGCUCUCCUCCCAACACCAGCCAGCCCCACGCCACCAUGUGCCACACCAGCUACUCCUCAGGCUGCCAGGCUGCCUGCGUGCCCAGCUCCUGCCAGCCAUCCUGCAGCACGUCCAGCCCCUGCCACACGUCCUACUUCACGUCCAGCCCCUGCCAGGCGACCUGCGUGCCCGUGAGUUACAGGCCAGCCAUACGCCUGCCAGUGACCUACAAGCCCACCCUGUGUGUGACUCCUUCCUGCCAGUCCUCUGUGUUCCAGCCCGUGAGCUACAGGCCGGCCUUGUAUGUCACCCCCUCCUGCCAGUCCUCAGGGUGCUACCAGCCCUCCCGCCCCACCCUGGUCUGCAGACCUGUCUCCUGUAGCACCCCUUCCUGCUUGUGAUCACGAGCCUCCUCCCAGAUGCUCCCAGUGCAGACCGGAUCACUCCUAUACCCCUCCCAGCACGAGUCCUCAGGGGGCCUCCAGGUCUGAAUGUGGCAGAUGAAAAGCAUGAUCGACCAACGUCUGAACCCAGGCAAGAAUGUGGCAGGAUGAUCUGGACUCGUCUGUGAACUGGUGCAUCCCCCCUCCCAACCCCCUGCCAGGAAGCCCUGGUUCCCAGGGUCCUUCUCUAUCUCCUGAAGGAAACCACACCCCACGUGAGCCAAAUAAACCAUGCUAUCUCAA